AUAGGCAAGCAGCAGCAGCCUACAGGCAACUCACAUCGUUCCUUUCCGCCUACGAUAUAGCCCGCCCCUUCCAACAACACUGCGCCGCCUCUCGAUUUUCCAGCGCCUCCGACCCAAAUGCAAGAAUAAAAAAACACAAACAACGAAAACAAUUUUCACCGACAAACAAACCCGACGCGAAAGUUCAACUAUCCACCCCAAAACCGACACCAUCUUUUAUUCGUCGCGCCGAAACCCGUUCGAUUUUAUUAACACUAGCAAAAUAUUGAUUUCGCGCACAUUAGUAUAAACAAUGGCUGGUGGAAAAGGCAAAUCAUCUGGCGGCAAGAGUUCGGGUGGGAAGACCUCGGCUGCUGAAGCUCCCAAGAAGCAGCAGAGCCACUCUGCUCGUGCUGGACUUCAGUUCCCCUGUGGUCGUGUUAAGCGUUUCUUGAAGCAAAACACACAGAACAAGAUGCGCGUUGGUGCCAAGGCUGCCGUCUAUGUUACAGCCGUUCUCGAGUAUCUGACUGCCGAAGUCCUUGAGCUCGCAGGCAAUGCCGCCAAAGACCUGAAGGUUAAGCGUAUUACUCCUCGUCAUCUCCAACUCGCCAUCCGCGGUGACGAAGAACUGGACACGCUGAUUCGCGCAACUAUCGCUUUUGGUGGUGUUCUACCCCACAUCAACCGUGCCCUACUACUCAAGGUCGAGCAAAAGAAGAAGAACAAAGCGAUCGAAGCAUAAGCUGCCCGCGAUCUUUGUGGUUUGGAGUUUCCAGUGUAUACGCUCUUUCGUUUCUGGGUGUUUCUGUUACGUGGAACGAGAUUCUCUGCCUUCGGAGGCAGGAAGCGCGGUCUUGCAACCCUAAGAC